GUCGGCGAGGUCCAAACGGGCCCGGACGGACUUUGGAUCACGGUAAGGGCGAUCGGUCGGGCGCAUGGAGUAGCGUCGAUUGACUUCACAUUUCUUCGGAGUUGGAUCGGACCUCGCGGUCAAGCCGCAUUUGUCGAUGCAAUUGUCAAGCUAUCAAGGCGCUACGUCGCGGCCCAGAACACGUACUCGACCGGUGCAAUCAACUUCGUCGAAUCGAAAUUGGCUGCCAUCUCCGCUCCGCCUCGCGCGCUCAUCAUUGCGGAUAGGGAGCAUGCUGCAAACUCACCAGUGUGCCUGAACAACGCCCCAAAGACUUUGAACUCGGCACAGAACUCAUACAACGACAAUCUCUUCGAGUCGAUCUCAAUCGUUGAUGGAAGUGCAGAGUACCUAGAUCGCUAUCAGGAAAAACUUGGGAAGGCAGUAAACACGAUUCUCCACUGCGCAGUGAAGGACUUCGAGGAGUUCGUGGCUCAACGAGAGAGAGGCUUGGCUGAAAUUAGCCGUUUCGACGUAGGUUCACUACAUGAGCUUAAGGCGCAUCGCCGAGGCGGAUUCUCCCGAGAGAACUGGGGGCACCUGCUGAAUCAAGAGCGAUAUGAGAAGGGUCUCAGGAUUGCCUUGGGGAUAUGCGUCUUUGAUAUGGGCGGGAUUCCUAGGCAGCGACGCAAAUUCGAUGUGAAGUCGAGCAAGGCAUCCAUCUUAGAUGGGUCUAGCAGAAUCUGGGACUUCGUUUCUUCGUUCGGAAAGAACGAGCUCCUGCCAUACCUUGGCAUCAUGAGUAGCAAGCAGGCGGCAGUCUGCAUACUGAUCCUACUCAUUGAACACCCGAUUCUUAACCCAGUGGCGUUGUACAGGGCCAGGAUAGAAAGGGAUCGUCAUGGUGGAACCUACAUCUCCUCCGAUGGUCUUGUCGGAAAAGGGGGUAUCCGCUUUAGCGUGGAGAAGCUGCGUGCGGGCGAGGAGAAGAGUGUGGAGCUUUCGCCUCUUGCCCAGCGAGUUCUUGUGAAGGUCUUCGAGUGGACCGAGCCCGUACGUACUCGGAUGAUCCAGGAAGGGAGAAGGAAGGAUGCAAACCAUCUUUGGAUUGGCAUCAGUAGCCUCGACUACCGUUUGAAAGCCUUCUCGGAGAAAGCGUUCCUGAAUGCACUUGGUGCAUCUGAAGCUUGGCGCAGUGUCAGGGGAGCCGGCAUGGUCACCCGGGCAACGAACUUCGGGGAGCGCCAUGCCGAGCUCGCUCCAUGGAGAGAGAAGCUCACCUACAAGAAUCUACGAAUGAACUCCGGAGUGCUAAAGUUCCUUGAGGCAGAUGGUGAUCUUGUCGUAGCGGCGAGGAUAUUUGGCCACCGAUCGGUCAAGACGACCUUGGGGCACUACGUCCCAAAUGCCCUUCGCAUCGCCUUGUUUGAGAGGCAGGUUAGGCGGCACCAGAACAGACUGAUCGUUCAAGCAUUUUCUGAUCACGAGCGGCUUCUUGAAGUGUCGGAUUUCUCGACGGUUGAGGACCUCCACCUGUUCCUCUCGGGUAGCGCGGACGAGGCUGCUGAAGCUCAGGUUCCCCGCCGUGUGUACAAGGCCGCUUCUCCUGGCGCGGGACUGAUCCUCUGUAAGGAUCCUGAUGCGCUGGCGGUUGCAAUGCUCUACCGGGAUCGCUUGGAAAGCGCCAGUGCGACCUUCCUGGAUCGACCUGAUCUCCGGACCGGAGUUGCCCCGCGAUUCUGGAGAGACUUUGUGGAUGCGCUGACCGCGCCAUUGCCCCCGGCAUUGAUUGAGAUCACUGAUCUUGUCGAUCGGACCCAAACCGGUUUGAGCCCAUUAGUGCGUCCGUGGUGGCUGAAAUCCGCGGUCCACGAAUCUGUAUGGAGAGUUGAGACGGGAAAGAGAGAUCUGCGCCAAGUCGGUGAGAAGAGUCGCGGUGGGCAGGUUCUGAGAUGGGAUCUACUGCUACCAACGGGACGAUUGAGCACAUCAUCUCACGCAGUUAUCUGUGAACAAUGUAAGGCGUUGAUCAUCGCCGUAGCGAAGGUACGUGGAUCAACCCGGUCGCUCAGAUCAGUUCAUGGCGCACUGUUUCUCUUCGCAGAGUUCUUGGCCCUUAAGUACGAAGAGAAGUUCCUGCGUGACGGACUCCUAGUCGCUCAUCUGGACGACGUAGAGGCAUUCAUGGAGUCCUAUGCUGAGGCGGGGUCUUGCGGGACGGGGCGGUUCAUUGAGCGCCUUAGCUCNCUUAGCUCUUACCUUUCGGCUGAGAUUCCGUUGGAACGGUUAGACGCGGAUGAGGUUAGGAACCACUUUGGUUUGACGGAAACAAACCAGUUGAGUUUGGUCGCCAUUGGCGCGGCUAUAUCGGUGGACUGGCAGAGGCUGCGCAGUAGUCCCGCAUUUCGGAGCCAUCUGACCCAGUACGGGUACCGAGGAGAACGCGACUUAAGCCGCGGCGCUCGUACCACCAGCGGCUAUGCGGAUAUCUUUCCGCUACUGGCUCAGGCCUCGCACUCCGUCCAGACCCUAAGCGCGUGGGCUUUGAGCAAUGUUCGCGAGGUUCGCGAUGCUUGCCGACCUUUUCGCAGAGAACAGUCGGGCCGCACGGCGACAUUGCCACCGACCGUCUGUAGGCAGUUUGUUAGGUCAGCGUGUGCGUGGAUGCUUGAGGAGGCGCCUGCAUUGGAGGCUCACCUUGCAGGGUUGAUUGAUGAAAUCGCCCAAAGUGGUGACCUUGGCCACCGGUCGCCAACUGCAUUGUUGAAGGAUGCGGAAGCGCUGAUUGAAACCGGUCCACUAGUACGCUGUUCGAGGUUCGUUUCCCAGCGUUUCAGGGAGAGAGGGGAUGACAGGUACUGUGAUUUGGAACCCUAUCGGUUGUUCCCUUUGGUUCUCGGACUGAUCCGAAUCCAUCUAGGUGUUUGCUUUGGACUUGUGGCCUUGUUUGCUUGUGCAAGGAGAUCCGAGAUCAUUGACAUGGGGUUGCAUGCGCUCCUGACAUCUGAUGGUCGCUACCACUUGACGAUUCACCAGGCAAAGCGGGGGGAAGGGAACGAGAGGCCGAGGUUUGACAAGCCUGUGCCACGUAUCGUUGCCAUGGCGAUAUCGAUCAUGAACAAUCUCAGGACGCAACUACUUCGGGUGAUGCCCAGGGAGGAUUCGUUGCUGGAUGAUCGCGUGAUGUUCUUCGUCGGAAUGCAGGGCAUCAGGCCAUUCAGUGAGAAUCAUCCGCGCGUCGUUCUCCAGCUCAUAAGUGACUACUUUGAUCUCCGUGGCCCCGACGGAAAGCGAUGGGUGCUUGAGCCUCAUCAACUGCGAAGGAGCUUUGCUAUGACAUUCUUUCAUUCGGAGGGGGAAGAGUCAUCUCUACCUGCGCUCGCGUGGCUCAUGGGUCAUCAUGAUGUCGAGGAGACUUGGAGAUACGUGAAGGAGUCUAUGACGGGCAAGGAGAUCAGUCAUGCAGAAGCCUGUUUGGCGAUGGCGGCUGUGAACUCAGGUGAUGGCUCGGAAUCUGCCCAAAAAUUGAAGGCGCUUCUUCUCGAGCACUUCGGAAGCGACGAUCUCGCUGUUCUCGAUCAUGAUGAUGUCUUGGAGUAUCUGGAGAUGCUCUCUGAGGAGCGAAAGAUCAGUGUCAAGCCGAUUCAGAUUACAACCGGCGAUCGUAGACAGGUAGCUGCGGGUGUGCGGGACAAGCAGCUUCGUGCUGAACGGAGUGUUCGGGGCAUCAUCGCCAUCCUGGACGAGGCGGUGGCAGUUGGGUCCCUUCUUGAAGAGCAUAGUGAUCUCUUUAGACGCAUGAGUGAUCUUGCCGGGAUGAAUGAUGAGGCUCGAGGCAUCUUUCCGAUGUCGGUUCGAACACUCAGGAACAAUGUGGAAUCGCUGUACCCAGGCGGGAUGGAAGCGUUUAGGCGUGCCAUCGGAGAGCUUCUGGGGGCCGCGAGGAAGCCUGUUGCACAGCAGGAAGAUGAGGCUUGGCUGGAGGAUGCUGUUCUGGACAUGACCGCUAGGUACAGUGAUCUCGUGCAACGCUUCAAGAGGCUGGCUCUUGGAUCGGAGGUCGCAGCCGAUGAGCUAAAGCGACACUUCGAUCGGAGGGCCAGCAAUCAAUUCCGGUUACCGGGGGUUGGACGCGUCACCUCGUUCCUCGAUAGGGGCGCGGCAGGAGGCAUGAAGGUGGUGUUCUUCCCAAACGGCCGUUCUUGCUGGGAAGUGAAUGCGUACCUAGUUCAUUGCCGACGCCUUGGGCUGACGGUAGGUACGAUAUCCACCUAUGCGAGUGAGCUAAGCCUGCUGGUACGAUUUCUGUACUUGCGUCGCCUGGAGCUGAGAGAGAUCGAUGAUGAUCAUCUGAUCGAGUUUGCUGAUUGGCUGGUGGUUCGGGAUGAGUCCAGCGCAAGGCACAUCAAUCGUAUCCUCUCACGUGUUCUCGCUUUCAUUGGCUGGGCCGAAUGUAUCAGUCUCGGCCCUUCCCAGAUCGGCCGGCUUGGUGAGCAGGCGAUUAUCACGGUUGAAAGGCGCGUGGUGAGGACGAAACGGCUGGACCGGGUGUCCUCGGACAGGCAUGCAGCGAUGCUUCCAAGUGGUGCAAAGCGAGUCGUACGACCAAUGCCUCUUGAGGUAUUUCGCCGACUCCUGGCGCAGUGCGAGCGAAGCGCGAAGCGCACCUUCGUAAAGAGUCGCAAUCGCGCGAUGCUCCUGAUACUCGCGGAUACCGGGAUCAGGCGCGAAGAGCUUGUUUGGAUCAGGGUCACCGAUGUACUUGAUGCAUCGAAGGGUGAUGGCAUGCUGAAGGUGCGGACCUCGAAGAGGAGGGGGAACCCUAUACGUCUGGUUCCUGUUCCCGCACUAACUUUGCAGGAGGUCAUGAAGUACAUCAGGGUGCAACGGGAAAUGCAUAUGCGCCGCCAUACCAAGUCCGGACGGGGGAGUCGCGACAAGGGUUGGGUCUUCUGCUCUCAGAGCGGUUCAAGGCUAGCUGCUGCAACGGUGAGCCAGACUUUCUCGGAUCUGCGGGCGCUUGCCGGAGUUUCAGAGCGCGCUACGGCUCAUAUGCUUCGACACAGGUACAUAACUCUUCAGGUCAUCGAUCGGAUCAAGAGGCUUCGAAACAUUGGGAUUCUUGGCGUUGAGGCAGCAGCAACGGUACUCGCACAGGUGGCUUCUUUAAGCGGCCACUCCAAUCCUACUAGCAUGUGGGACUACAUUGACUGGGCCUAUCAGGAAAUGGCCUCGGAUGCCGAGAACCGCGGGACCUUGGAGAUUGGCGAGCUCAUCCGGGAACUGGAGGUUUUUGGUGAAGCGGCGAUAGAAAGCUCCGAAGGGAGAGCCCUGCUUAGCCGAGUUCGUAGCGCACUUGCUUCGCAGCUUGAGAAGGCUCCGAAACUGGGUGUACUCGCCCACCAAGGGAUGGGGCUGGGAUGA